CCACGACGGCUGAAAAAACAGUCUCUCCAACUACGGAAGCAGCACCCACUACCACUUACCGUACAAAACCAAAGUCAAGACCUACACCAACACCUGUACGCCCCAAACCAGGACAAGGCCAAGUAUACUAUAACUAUCUGCCUGAAUACAUGCGCUUGACGCUACUAAGAUACUUGAACGGCGUGUGCGGACUGAGGAGGCCUGGAAUGCCAAGGGUACAGUUACAAGGGUGCGUAAGGGAUCCAACCUGUGGGAACUACUAUGUACCAAACAGGAGGAUUAUCCGGUUCAGGUUCGGAUAUUCCACAUACCCAAGAGUUUGCCUACGGUGCAGAGUAUUAGCGUGCAACAGAUACAAUUAUCCUCGCUGGAGCUACCAGGGCUAUACGUGGAGAGGCAAAAGAAGCGUCGAAAGUGACAGCGUCACUGUUGUUGUCGUUUCCAAAUAAUAACAGCUCCAACAAUGCUUCUUCUAACCAUAACAUCAUGUUGAUCACUUAUAUACGUGAUCAGUGUGUUGCACAUCUGCUACUAAUUUCUAAAAAUACAUUGUACUAGGGGGUGUAAAUCCAAAGGUAUUUUAAUCUUAACUGUACUUGUGCUCCUUAAUUUCAGAUCUUUUGGGUCUAUAUUCCAGAUUUGUAAAACCCUAAACUUCAGUAAAUACUCUGUGACAAAGAUUAACUGGA